GAAACUGAGAGUUCCAUGGAAAACCCAAACGCGGCCUUAAGAGUGUUUUGGUUCUUUCCUAUUAUUCGUUUUAUCUAUUAUAAAAGGCAAAAGACCAAGAUUGUGUGGUCUCGCUUUGAUAGGUCUUCUACUCUUCCGUCUUCUGGGGUUUUUGGUAUUUUGAGAUACAGCGAGUGUGUGUCGGUGGGCGUGAUUAUGGCACAAGAGGGUGGUGCUCUGGCUACUGAUUUGCCGGUGAAGAGACCAAGAGAAGAUGAAGAAAAUGGGGUCCCUGUCAAUACUUUGUCCAUGGAGACUGAGAACAACGAGGAGCUACCGGAUUCUAUCUCAUCUGUUAUUCCUGGGUGGUUCUCUGAGAUUAGCCCAAUGUGGCCUGGCGAGGCACACUCCUUGAAGGUAGAGAAGAUCUUAUUUCGCGGAAAGUCUGAUUACCAAGAUGUCAUGGUUUUCCAGUCUUCAACAUACGGGAAGGUUCUUGUUUUGGAUGGAGUGAUCCAGCUCACAGAGAGGGAUGAAUGUGCAUACCAAGAAAUGAUCACACAUCUUCCACUUUGCUCAAUUCCUAGCCCAAAAAAGGUUUUGGUUAUUGGCGGAGGUGAUGGCGGGGUUUUGCGCGAAGUGUCUCGCCAUGUUUCUGUUGAACAUAUCGAUAUUUGCGAAAUUGAUAAGAUGGUUGUUGAUGUUUCUAAGGAGUUCUUUCCUCAAAUAGCAGUUGGCUAUGAGGAUCCUCGUGUAACACUUCAUAUUGGUGAUGGGGUUGCAUUUCUGAAAGCCGUUCCUGAAGGAACUUAUGAUGCAGUUAUAGUUGAUUCUUCUGAUCCCAUAGGUCCUGCACAAGAGCUAUUUGAGAAGCCCUUUUUUGAGUCGGUGGCAAAGGCUCUUCGUCCAGGAGGAGUUGUGUGCACUCAGGCUGAAAGUAUAUGGCUUCACAUGCACAUCAUCGAGGACAUUGUAGCUAAUUGUCGCCAGGUCUUCAAAGGUUCUGUGAACUAUGCAUGGACUACGGUCCCUACAUACCCAAGUGGGGUGAUUGGCUUUAUGCUUUGCUCAACCGAGGGACCCCUGGUCGAUUUCAAGCAUCCGGUAAAUCCUAUAGAUGCUACUGACAGUUGCAACAAAUUAAAGCCCUUGAAAUUUUACAACUCAGAGAUUCAUUCAGCAGCUUUCUGCUUACCUACUUUUGCGAAGAGGGUCAUUGAUGCGAAGAAAUGAGUUAAAAUUUUGAAGUGUUGGAGCAGAGUCGAGGCUGUUGUAGAGUAUCCGUCCUCAAUAGUCAAUCCACUGCUUAAAACUUCUAACAUAAAUGGCUUGCAUGGCCGUUGAUUUCAAUUUAUGAGGUCGAUGCAAUUUCUUGUGGAUUUUUUCCCUACUUAAAAACUACGAACGCAGAAGCUAUAUUUGGUUUUAGUUUAUUCAACUUGCUGUUUUUCACAAUGUUUACGGAGGCCAUGAGUAAUUUUAUCUAUAUUUUUAAAGAUA